GCCUCCUAUUGGGCUAGCUCAAUGCCUCCAGGCAUUGGCUAGCUCUAUGCUUGCACCGUCGUUUCUGGACUUGGCUGAUCCUUGUGGCUUGUUUCCAUCUCCCGGUUGUUGUUUCGGUUGCGGUCUUUGUGGUGGCAUAGGCCGCAUACAGACGUUUGUCGACUGCUCGUGCAGGCACCGCGGGCCGCGACGAAAUGGCGAACCCGGCUCAGCCGUUCACUCCGGCGAUUGCCUGCACGCCUGUAACCAAAGUUGAGAUCAGCGUGUCCUGCAGACAACUCAAGCAGAAGGAUCUCCUCUCGAAGUCCGACCCUAUGUGUGUUUUGUUCAUGCGGACCUGUGACACUGACCAGUGGUGGGAGGCUGGGCGCACGGAAACAAUACGUGACACAAUUGACCCAGACUUCGUGACCAAGUUUCUAGUGGACUACUACUUCGAAGAACGCCAGCAACUCAUGUUCAAAAUGUACGACGUUGACAGCAAGAGCGUGAAUCUCCAGAAUCACGAUUUCCUUGGUCAGGUUGCUUCCACGCUGGGUGAACUGGUUGCCUACCAGGGAAGGCAGGUCAAGCUGCAGCUGACGGGACUCUCUGGUGAUUGUGGCACCAUCUUAGUGACUGUUGAAGAGGUACUUGACUGCAAGCGGGUGAUAGAUAUGCAGUGGCAGGGAAAGAAGUUGGACAGCAAGGACUGGUUUGGAAAGUCUGACCCUUUCCUGGAGUUCUGCCGCGUCAGCGAGGACAACAGCUACACGGCUGUGUUCCGCACUGAGGUGGUCAAAAGGAACCUGAACCCAACGUGGCGUCCCUUUACCAUCCAGAUGCGUCAGCUGAGUGGUGGUGAUGAUGACCGGUCUCUUCGGGUGGCCUGCUACGACUGGGAUCUCGACGGAGGCGUGUCUUCCAGCCAUGACCUCAUCGGGGAGUUCCACACCAAUGUGCGCACCCUUUCCCAGGGACCGGGCCCAGCAAAUGAGUACGAGCUGAUCAACAAGAAGAAGCAAGCCAAGAAAAAGAGCUACAAAAAUUCUGGUGUGGUGAAGCUCAUUUCUUUCGCAGUCAGGGAGCAGGCCACUUUCCUUGAUUACAUCCGGGGUGGGCUGCAGAUGCACUUUACGGUGGCCGUGGACUUCACGGCGUCCAAUGGGGACCCCCGAGACCCUGCGUCUCUGCACUUCCUGGAUCCAGUGCGACCCAAUGCAUAUACGAUGGCCAUUCGGGCGGUGGGAGAGGUGAUCCAGGACUAUGACUCGGACAAGAUGUUCCCUGCUCUGGGGUUUGGAGCACGCCUGCCACCUGAUGGGCGUGUGUCGCACGAGUUCUUCCUCAACGGCAGCUCCACAGACCCGUACUGUGCCGGCAUACAGGGUGUUCUGGAAGCCUACCAGAGGACCCUCCAGUCCGUUCAGCUGUACGGCCCCACCAAUUUUUCACCUGUCAUCCACCAUGUGGCAAAGUUUGCGAGCACAUACCGUGAUGGUAGGAGCUACUUCGUGCUGCUUAUCAUCACCGAUGGCGUCAUCAGCGAUAUGCCACAGGCAAUGGAGGCCAUCGUGCAGGCCUCCACCUUGCCUAUGUCUAUCAUCAUCGUAGGUGUUGGCAAUGCCGACUUCUCAGCCAUGGAAAUCUUGGAUGGGGAUGCGAUACAGCUGAAUUCAGGUGGCCAGCGUGCUGAGCGGGACAUUGUCCAGUUUGUGCCCUUCCGCAAGUUCCUCCAGAGUGGGGGCACGUGGCAGAGCAACCAGGCCCAGCUUGCUAAGGAAGUACUGGCCGAGAUUCCCGGACAGGUCACAGCCUAUAUGUCCAAGUGCAACAUCAAGCCUGGUCCAAUUGCGGUGCCUCAGGGCCCAUCUUGAGCAUGUGUGCAAGUUACAUUGUUCGUAGUGGCUGUCUGCCAGCCCCCAUUUGUGCACAGGCCAAAUUCAUGAGUGCAUCGUACAGGUGUGACUACUGCCACUUCGUAGGGCCAUUAUACUGACCCUCGUUCUACGGUGCUUAAGUGCGGCCUAUCACCCUGCUGUUGUUGCUACUUGGCUGGGAGGAUUUUGAAAACUAGACUUUCUCAGUUUGGCUGCUUGUGCUGCCAUGACUUUACACCACUUUAUUUCAGGGAGUACGAGUUGUUCGUAUUGAAUAGAUUCAAUUUUAUGCUUUUAAGCUUGACUUUUUUAAUGCUCACCUUCAAGCUGUGCUAUUAUUUCUUUAGCUUAAAUAUUGUGCGAAGUUGCAACGCACAACACAUCAUUGAUAUACAGGGUGUUUCAGCGAACACUUUCAAAAUUUAUUUAAGGUUGCCUGUGGCAGAUAGCCAAAUUCUAGUUAAUGAGCUGGUCUACUAGAAGCGGCGGACAUUACUUGCACAACAAAUUGAAAUGCAUAAUCAACUAAUGAAUAAAAAUUCCUUAAUUAAGUUUUUAACUAAUUACCUGAUGGCCCAUAUUGUAAUCUACAAAUUGUAGCCAUGGAGUUCGCAAGGCGAUCGGAUCCACUUGCAACGAAUACCCAGGAUGACACUGCUUUCGAGAUAUUAAUUCCCGAACUUUGCGAAGAAAUGCAUUGGCGUUACAAUUAGUUUCUUAACAAAACGUCACUUUAUGCAUUGAAGCACAAAAUUAACUGGAACGCCAAUGCAUUUCUCCGCAAAGUUCGGCAAUUAAUAUCCCAAAACUGGUGUCAUCCCGAGAAUUCGUUCCAAGUGAAUCCGUCUUGCAAACUCCACAGCUACAAUUUGUAGAUUACAAUAUGGGCCAUCAGGUAAUU